ACUAGGAGGAGAAAGUAUAAGUGACAUUAGUGUGCACUGACCCUUUUUUUUCCUUUCUUUUUGAUAUCUAUUUCGUUGUAUUGUCAAUUCAUUGGGAUUUGCACAUUGAAUGUGCUACACCUCUGUAAGGAGUACACUUUUUCUUUUUCUGGAAGUAGGAACAGAUGCGAUGAGUUAGAACUCAUGUUAGAAAGGAGUACUUCUAUACGGCUUCUUUUGGUUUUGAAAAGCAAAUGCAGUUUUUGGUUGUUGGAUUCUUUAGGGAUAAGUUAGUAAUAUUUAAAGUUUGUGAAGUGGAUCCACUUUUGAAGUUGAAAUAUAAUUAUAUUGUGUGCAUUUGGUAUACAAAAGAGGAUUUUUGUAGUCACAACGCUAGACAUAAUUUGCACGAUCACGUCAGCCUUGCUGUUGAUGCUGCUUAGGGUUGAGCUACAUUGGCUUGGUUCAGCUACAACAGUCUCAAAUUGGUUGUAAACUUCGUCCUUUCCUGCAAAAAGAAGUCUAAUCCACAGUCAGGAUUUAGUGUGUAUAUGAUAUUUGCUUCAUUGUGUGGUUAAUGCGAUGUACAUAUUGCCACUGACUGCUUUUGUUUGUGGCAAUGCUUGUAAGAAAGAUGCAUAACCCACUUUUUGUUUCUAAGUGAUUUGAAUAUUUGAAUUUUUUUACCUUAUCAAUAGUUUUCUCCAGCUCUCUUCCCUGAGCAGGUCACAGCAAUCCAUGUCCUUCAGUUGAGUAGCAAUGUAGCUGUUUGCCCCUCUGGAGUGUUUUUGACUUAUCUCUCAGCCAUAUGUAAGGAUGAUGUUCAGGGAAAGAAGCUAAUACAUGCAGCCAUCAAUGCAUUGUUUUGCGUUCCGGUUUCUGGAAGUUCUGAAAAUGAUAAUUCUGUGGAGAACCAAAGUGAAACUAGAGAUGCAAAACCUGCUUUACUUUGGAGUGUCUUGUUUACUCAAGCGCUUACUAAGAUUGGGUGGGUUACUGUUGAGGUACCACAUGGGAAGCACAGAAUAUCGGGUUGUGAUACAUCUUAGGAUUCCCAAAUAAUUAAUCAUUUAUCCAUGAGCUAAUAAUCUCAGUUUAUGUGACAUGCUACCAAAUGAUUCCCGAGUUUGUGAUCCAUGCCUGGCGUCUUGGCCUUACUUUUCCAAAUUCCGUCCAUCAGUUUUAGGAUGUACUAGAUAACAUCAUUUGUACCCCCACGCCAGAUGGGAGUCCAUACUACCAUGAUCUUCUGGUUGCUACAGAGAACGUAACAUCCAUUCUGCUUUUCUUAAAUGGACCUCUUUUACAUUGGUCCCUAUCUUCUUUUUUCCCUGAUAGCUGCCACCUCUUUUCUUCUUUCAUCUUGUCCUUUACCUUCUUUGUCAUGGCCUGUUUGCAUUCAUAUCACAAGGGCUUAUAGUGAUGUAGGAGAAGGCUAGAUCCUCAGACAUUGACCCAUUUGGUGUUCUUGUGCUAUUUUUGUGUAGAUAUUUCAAGAGCUGUACUUUGAGCCCGAGGGUCUUCGAAAACAGCCUCUCUCUACCUCUACAGAAUUCUUUCCCAAGACAGACAGCCUCAUUGGAGGAGGGUGCUGUCGAAGAGCUGGAGGACUAGAGACCAAAUUGAUGCUGCUGGAUAUGUUGUCAUUUAAGGUGACAGUUGGCAGAAUAAUACAGUUUGGCAUGGACAAUGACGGCGAGAAUAUAUUUGAGGUGGUUUCUGUCCCUAUAUUCCAAUGUUGAAGUGUUUACUUGAAAUACUUCGUUGUUGUAAGAGUAAUAGCUAUAGCUAGCCUUUCUUGUUUCUUCGGCCUACAAAUGAACAGGAAUGAGCGUAGAGGGUUGGCACGAGACUUGGGAGUGUUAAGGAGUUUGUCUACUUUUGCAAUUAUUUUUUGCGGUGGUUGAUUCGAGACUUUCCAUGAAAAAGAUCGAGUUAGGAGUGGAAGAAUCCCAAACGUCCCUGACGUCGCACUUGCAAUCGGUAAUAGGAGUACAUUUUAAAGGUACUAUCCGUUACUAGUAGUCAGUAGCAGUGGAAAAAUCUAGUGAAAGGCCUGUGAAGCCUAUGAGACUCUUUCACCAGUCGCCACGUGGCCGACAUGCAACCAAAAGCCUAUGUUAUUUUCACCAGGCACGUUUGGUCCUUUCGAUACUCUUAUUACAGCAACUGUUUGCUUCUAAGAAAUAAAUACAGUACUUCUUCCGCUGGCGGCGUUUCAGAUGUUUUGUCAAUUUACUUUUGUGUACUUCGAUGGAACGCGUGAUGUGUUUUGCAUGAGCAUUGGUGCUGUCUCCCUUAAACUUUUCAAUGCUUUGGAAUAAAACCAAGAUUGGGAGCCCUACUCUUUCAUCAUGCUUCCCUUUUUCAUUGUUGGAAAAUAUAAUGAAAGUCACUAUAAACAUUGAUUUCUUUUUCUAAUAGCUCAAGCAUAAAAAUGUAUGUGUAGUAAAUUUCGUUCGACUCUCUUGAUCUUUUGAAUUUAGUAGUAAUAAGUAAUACGUAUCUCCUUCACCUUUUAAAUGAUAAAGUGAACCUCUAGGAUCUAAAAGUAACUGCUAAAAAUGAAUUGAUUAUUGCAUGUAUUUUCAAAACAUAGAAAACCAGAUUCUUUGGAACGGUAUCAAGCCCUUUAUUUUCCUUUCCCACCCAAAUUAUGGUGUUUGCUUCAAAAAUCUUACGAAAGUGCUUCAUCCAAUUUUAUUUGAACUUUUUGCCAAAAAACUGGGUUUGUUCCUUGAGAGCAGAUGGUUUAUCGGAAACAAUCUCUCUAUCUCUAUGAGAUAGGGGUAAGAUCUACGUACACAUUAAUUUUUUUUUCAGAUCCCAUUUAUGGGAUCAAACUGGGUUUGUUGUUGUUGUUGUUUUUGCAAAAAAAAUUAUAUUUUUCAACCAUUCACCAGAAUUCCAGAAAGGAAAGUUUUUUAAUUGAAAAAACAGAAAAACUCACUUUUUGGCAUUUAAAAGUUUCUGAAACAGAAGUUACAACUUUUUUAACUAAGCUGUAUUACGGAGAUCAAGUCCCAAAAGACCAAAAAAAAAAAAAAAAAAAAAAGAGAAAAAGAAGAAGAUUCGGAGAGAUGAAUGCGUUUAGUCAACACUCAAAACAAAAAGGGAAAAAGUCAAUAACUAAUAGGGAUAGAACGAAACAGAAGAAAUAGGAAAAGAACAAUAAAUACACACCCUUCUGCUUCUCUCUCUCUCUCCUCCCCGGGAAAUGACAACUGAGCCUCAUGCAAUGCGCCUCUCUUCUUUCAACCUUUUUGCUUCCCAAUUACUCCUUUUCUUUCCUCUGUCAAAGCUCUCUCUUUUCACUUUCAGUUUCUGUUCUCUCUCAUGGCUUCUUCACAGAACCGUACCCUCACUGCUCUUGUCAUUUUCCAGAACUUCUUGUAUCCUGUGAUGUUUAGGUCGGUUCAUGUAUACCGAACAGAAGGAGGAAAAGAAGAAAUGGAAGAGAGGGAGUAUUUGUUUCAUGAAACCAGUAACUUUGAGGAAACUGGGUUUGCUCCAGUUAUUACAUUGCACAAAUUUGAUGUCUCUGCUCAGUUUGUAGGGAUUGAAAAUGGUGUAUGGAAAUGCAUGUUUGUGUAUGACUCUGGGCGCCAUCAAUCCACCAGUACUAAUGCUAGUCCUGAGUGGCUUUCGUUUGCUGAAAACCCUAAGAUGGAGUUUAUACCAACAUUAGCCAAUGAUCUGCGUGCUAUAUCUGAGUUAGCACUAAAUGUCGAAUUCAGGGAAUUGUCGGGAAGGUCAAGCACUGAGGAAAGUGGAGGUAACAAUAUUAAAAGCAAUCAGCUAGACGUGAAACGCCGCGUGCCCUUUCUGGACCUUAACUCUCUCCCUUAUUCAGACUCGGACAUUGAAGAAAAUGACCAAAAUGCGUCAGAGAACAAGAAACGGAGGGCGGCAACCAAAGACAUAGCAAGACUCGCUUUGGAAGAUCUUGCCAAGUACUUUGACCUUCCAAUCGUGGAGGCUUCAAAAAGUUUGAAGGUUGGACUUACAGUACUCAAAAAGAAAUGCAGAGAGUUCGGCAUCCCUCGAUGGCCACAUAGGAAGAUCAAGUCUCUAGACAGUCUCAUACAUGAUCUCCAGGAAGAGAUGCAACGACAACAGGAGGAAGACGAGUUAGCAGCUAUCGCAGUAGAAGAGAGAAAAAGAAGGAUAGAAUAUGAAAGAGAAAGCAUAGAAAAGAAGCCUUUCAUGGACAUACAGAAGGAAACUAAAAAGUUUAGACAAGAUAUCUUCAAGAGAAGAUAUAAAGCUAGAGUUCUUGAGAACCAAUGUCGAACAUUACCACUGUUUUAGUGUAUCGAACAUUAGAUAGUUAAAGGAGCAUCCGAGAAAAUGUAAGUAUACAUUAGCUAGCUAGCCUUUUCUCAGAGAUAGCAAUCCUUCCCAUCAUUUUCCACUUCCCUGGUGGUGCAUUUUUGUUAUUCUACAACUCGGCGUCCUAUUCUGAGGUGUUUAAAUAAACAGCUUGAUCAAGUUAUUCAUAGGAUAA